CCCUUGCGAGUUUGACAGGAGUUCCGACGGGGCUUUUCCCCCCGCAGCUCCGUGGAGGAGGGAGCCGCCGCCGCCGGCUUGCCUCGCCUGGACCAGCCCGCCUCCGCCCACGCGCCGGAGAAGCGAGGAAGGCGCGCUCCCCCGGACCGCGGACGCGGCGAGAGCGACCGGCGCCCCACCGAGCAUGUCGGAGCCCAGCGCCCAGACGGCGGCGGCGCGGGGAGACAAGGAGUCCCGCAACCCGGUGGCCCAGCUGCUUUUGGGGCUGCGUUGGGGCCGCCUGGAGGAGCCCCUGGGAUUCAUUAAGGUGCUGGAGUGGCUGUUUGCCAUUUUUGCCUUUGGAGCCUGUGGUUCUUUCAGUGCAGAAACAGGGGCUACUGUGAAAUGUACUGCAGACCCUGGUGAGACGACUGCUAUCAUUGUGCAGUUUGGAUAUCCUUACAGGUUGUACAAGGUUCCAUUUGAUAUGCCAGACUGUAUUGAAGGAUCUACUAAUAAACGGACACUGCAUCUCAUGGGAGACUUUUCAGCACCUGCUGAGUUCUUUGUGACUCUGGGUGUUUUUUCUUUCCUGUACACCAUGGCAGCUCUUGCAGUGUAUCUACGAUUUCACUCCCUCUACAAAGAGAAUAAGAGGCUACCCUUUGCAGACUUCUGUGUGACUGUCUCAUUUACCUUUUUCUGGCUAGUGGCAUUUUCGGCUUGGGGCAAGGGCCUAUCGGAUGUGAAAGGAGCCACACGGCCUUCCAGCCUCAUUGCGGCCAUGUCAGUGUGUCAGCUCAAGAAGGCUGUGUGCAACGCUGGGGCCACCCCUUCCAUGGGCCUGGCUAACAUCUCUGUGCUGUUUGGUUUUGUCAACUUUAUACUGUGGGCUGGAAACUGCUGGUUUGUUUUUAAAGAGACCCCUUGGCAUGAACAGACCACCAACAAGGAAAGCUCUGUUGAACAAGGAACUGUUGAUAAGCAAUAAAGAACCUUCCCCCUCACUCCAGAAGCCUCCUUUUCCCCCUCCAGGAACAGGCAGUGCCUUGUGUUGACAGCGUGCUCAUCCCAUUCACAGCAGGGCAGGAAAUGUGCCUUCUCUGCCAUCUUUGCUGCUGUCCAGCCGUCACGGUUGCUUCCCUUUGUGACUGUUAUGGGAUGCCUUCCUCCAGCUGAAAUCACAGGUCCUCUUGUAGUCCUAGAUAUACAGACUACAUGGUUACAACACAACUUUUCUUCAUUUCAAUUAUUUCAAAAUACACGUGUAUGUUGUUCUAAAGUGUAACUUCGGUCACCAGUCUUAGGAUGUGCGGCAUUGUUUCUUCACAGCAGCUUUUCACCAGUUUACAAAGGGAAAAAAAAGCAGGCAGCAUUGGAUAGGAGCAGAGAGAGAAUUUGGGCAUUAGUGCCACAGAACCUGGAGUGUCUAGGUUCCUUUUAAAGUAAGUGCACUUUCUACUCUGCAGUCAUAAUUAAAGGAGAAACAGCAAAAUACCAGCUGGCUUAGAAAAAUAGAGGAGAGAAAUUAAGGGAAUAUUUUUACUUUUGAUAAAUCAGCCGGAAGGAAGGAAGGAAGGAAGGAAGGAAGGAAGGAAGGAAGGAAGGAAGGACGGAAGGAAAGGUGUCACAUCAUGGAGUAAGAACAUACUAAACAUCUCUCUCUCUCUCUCUUUCUCUUUCUGGCUGUCUCCCCUUAUCUCAAUUGGAUGAAACCUUAUGAUGCUGUUUGCCAUCAGGUUGCUAGUUCAUCUUCACAUGGUGAAGAUCUGAUGGUCCUUCUCUUUUGUUUCUGGUAGAUGUGCACAGUGUCUAUGCCAAGAUACCAGUGCUGACUCCUGCCAGUGUGAGCUGUUUAGCAGCUGAUGACCCUUUCUUCCCUACACUGUGUCUUAUACAGAGAGCAGAGGAAAACCCUUCAUUGCAUAGAAGUAGAGUCAGUGAAGUAUUUUUGUCACUCCUUAGAGGAAAACCUUAGACACCUGUUUCAUAUUUUCCUGAGCUUUUAUUUUACUUUUAAAUAAAACAUUAUGAGUGGACUUCCUUGAGAAAUUAUGCUGAGCUUCUAGGAUGGUUGUAGCCCCAGAGGCCUAGAGUGUUCAUUGCCAGGUUGAAAAAUGUGUAGAGGUAGGAUGGGGUUCCACCGAAUGUGCCAUGUGGUUGAGAAUCUUUGUUGCUAGUGACCUUGAAACUAGCUCUUGAACUACUGCUAAUAGAAACUGCUGAUCCCUGAACUUCGUGGUGUGCAUCGUUUGUCACUGAACUUACAAGCCACUGUCUUCUAGCAGCACCUCCUCAAACUCCACUGUGGCUGUAGAACGUUAUAGAUCAUUUGAUGGAGGUGUGAGACAACAUGGGAAUUUUUAAGGAAGUUUCUAGGAUCCCUAGAUGUCUCUCCAGCAGAUGAUGGGACCACCAGAAAAUAAGGUGGGGAAAAUAAUGACUUUGUCUAUUUUCUCUGCAUCUCCUUAACCAUAGAAACAAUUUGCUUAGUACAUAGUGAAGGAAGUAAUUCAGGAGAAGGGCACUAACUUUCACUUUUUUUCCUUCUACCAGUCACACUGUUGAUAGAAGCAAGGGAUUGAAUCGUGACUGUGAGUUUUCUCUGAACUCUUGUCACCCAGUUUCUGAAUCCUACAGAGAAGAAGCUCCACCAAAUCCCUAAAUCCCAUGCUUCCAUAUUAGAGGGGCAAAAUUUGUCCUUACUUUUCUUAGAGGGGGAAAAUAGCUUUCCAGGAAGUGGGUGUGCAAGUUCUUUCUCUGCUUUAUUAAACCUUUCACAUCAGACCUUGUCUGGUCUUGUUCUAUUUCUUAUUUCCUCCUCCUCCUUUUCUUGCUGACAGAGAGGAAAAAUCUCUUACAGAAGGAGAAAUGUAAUGGUGCUUAAUUAGGGAUGGGACCUCUGUGUUAAGCAGAUCCCUUUUGUACUUUUGUAGCUUGGUCUCUUUUGCCCUAAGUUUUGAUUCCUGCCUUUAUGGCAGCCUGUAACAUCUCUGCAGUGAAACUGCAAAGGCUGAAAGCAUGGAGUGACUCUUGUGUUGGUGUAGUGUCCACGUAUCCUGCAACAUAAGGGAAAGAGGAAACAAAAAAGAGAACUCCCUAGUUAAUAGGCAAGAUGUUUCCCUCAAACUUCCAGACUAUCCUUAAGAAUUAUCUUUUCUGCUAAUUUAAAAAACAGUGGGUUUUUUUCUUUUUCCUUCUGCAAAACUGUGGAAGCGGCACCUUGCCUUAUAAUGUGUUGCAUGGCUGCUUGUUACAGGGAUUCUUACAAUGAUUCUCUGAGGCACUUGAAUUCAGUCCUCCAUGACACUCCUCUUUAAAUAUGUGAACCUUUCAUCCAACCUUGCAUACAUGCCUGUUUUCUGUAUCUUCUGUAUGCUGACUUCAAGAUUUGACCAAGGUCCUCAGCUAAUUCAGAUCAAUGUUGCAGUUGAAUGCUGCCACUUCAUACCAGCUGAGGGUCUGCCCUUUCCGCAUGAGCCACAGGCUGCUUCAGGAAUGUUGCUUCAAACAUCAGAAGUGUUCUGUGCAAAUAGAAGCAGGCAUAGACUGCUGCAGGAUCGUUGUUGCUCAGUUGGCCAGAACAGUGCAUGAAAAAGGAAAUGGUAAGUGCAUACCAUUGAUCGUGAUUCUGCAAGUCGUUUUCCACAUGGCCCAAAUUCUUGCAAAUGUGCUUGUCUCUGUAUUUAUUUGCAUAAAGAGAGAGAAUUGGCCUAGUAGCAUUACAUUUGGCAUUCCCCCUGUACACAGCACCUGAACAAGUAACAGGUGCAGGAUGUUCUACACCCAUGCGGGUUCUCCUCCUCUUUGGAUGUACUCAUUGUGUUGAAACCACAGUCAUCCUGUAUGACUAACCUGCAGACUUCAAGCUGCUUAUUAGGCAUGAUGCAACCUUCCAAUGUAAUAGAGCCCUACAGGCAGACUUCAAGCAGAGGAAGGGGACAAGCAGAAUCUCUACCAGAAAGAACGGGGAGGGCCAACCUCGACUUGUGCUAACGUUGUAUUUUGUGGCCUAUUUUUUGUUUGUUUAUUUUGAUCGGGGUGAGAGGAGGGUCUAGGCCUGGCAUUUAUACAAGUGUUCAAUUGUGUGGUUAGUGAUAUGUAAAGAGAAUAUACCCAGAAAAUUCACCUGCUCUGUCCUUAAAGAGAGCCACAAUUUCCACGGAAAGAGGAGCAGAAACCAACAGCCUGCUACUGAAUGCCACUGGGGUCUGUCACCGCUGUCCUAUCUCAGCCAUUCACUUUCUAGUGACAGUAUGUUGCAUGCUUUCCCUCCCUCCCGGUGAUUGUUAUUGUGGCUCUAAUAAAGUGUCUCGAGAGUUGCUCGAGGGA